AGCUCAAGGCAGCUGCUCGCUAGUUCUGUCCCAGUCCUCUUCUCCGGUGAGUCAUGGCGCGCAUCCUGCUGGCCGCUUUCCUCCCGUCGGUGAUGGGCAUCACCUGGGUGCGCUCAGCCGGGGGCGCCAGCUGCGAGCAUGCAUGCGCCGCACGGGGCGGCUGCAAUGAGGAGGUGUGGCCCCAGAGCGAGGAGGAGUUCCAGGACGUGGCGAAGCUCGCGGGCGCGGAGUGCGUCACCACCCAGGAGGGGGGCGCCAAGUACGACCCCUCCAGCGACGGCCGGCACUGCGGGUGGCAGGGCCCUGAGGGCAGCCGAUGCUCAGAGGCGGGGGACAGUGGCACCUUCCGAUUCUGUCCCUGCAACGCAGACAAGGAGCUCUAGAGGCAUGGGCGCCACAGGAUGCUGACCGCGCCAGUUUCGCGUGAUACUUGCGCCAGGGGAAUGGGAAGGCGUAGCCAAAGCGCAGCCAUUUUGGAUGUGCCCAAAAGAGGGCAUUGACAAUGUUGUUGGCAUAUUUUCUAGCAGCACAACGAGGCUGCCUGAAUUCGUUCGAAAGACUUCAGCUAAAGACUGCCAGUGUUCUGGCUGGCACCGGCGAAGAAAA